GGAGCGAGGCUACGGUUUAGGAAAAACAAUUGGAGUCUGGCCAAGUUAACUUCGACUUCAAAAGCCUGAUUUAACACGCACAGGCAAGCAGAGACAACUUUUUAUUCUAACACGAGAGAAAUGGCAAAGACGAUGGAAAAAUCGCUCUUCUCUUUCAAAGUUGGCUGUGUCUUUUUGCUUUUAACAACAUAUGGUAGUUCUGACGAACUUUUUGGUUCUCUACGAUUUACCCGAAAUGCGCUCUUUGGGUUUUCCCGAAGUGCUCCAAAUCCUACAACCAAGCCACUGGCAGCUGUUUUCAGUCUCGCUCGUUCUUUUGAAAGCGACUCUCCCACCAAACGGCCUCAACAACGAACAAUUUACAAGCCAUCGAACAAGUUCCUCAAAGUCAUCAAUGAAAUAGAGAAGGCUGUAGCAAACGCUGGUGCGAUGGGAAGACAUUUGCGAUACAGUGAGCGAAUUCUUUUUAAGUUAUCACGGCUUUUGGAAGAUUCCGUCAAGAGCAAGAACUUUGCUUAUGGUAGAGAGGUACUGGGGAGAGUUUUACAUUUACUCAGAAAUUCUGCCAGACGGAAAAAAAGAUCUCCUGAGAAUGAAGGAAAUCUCUUUCUUCAGAGACUUCGCCAGGGUCUUUGAAACGACUUAUUUGAUAGCUUCAUGGCGGUACAUGGAGAUGUGUCUCUAACUUUUGUUGUCGAUGAUACCGGAAGUAUGGUAGAUACAAUAGAAGCCGUCCAAAAAAUUGCCACAGCUGUCAUCAAUUAUCCGCGUGAUGUACCCGUGGAUUAUAUCCUAUCACCUUUCAAUGACCCUAUGACAAACGCAGGGGAGGUGGUAUUUAAGGAAAGUAACCAGUCUUUAGAGUUUGUAAACGCCAUAAACGCUUUGACUGUAAAAAGUGGGGGAGACUGCCCGGAAUAUACUUUUGCAGGCAUUGUAAAUGCCCUUGGGCAAGACCCUCACCUUGACUCUCCAAUGUACGUUUUUACCGACGCUGGUCCUAAAGACGCUACGGAGGAAAAUAUAGAAGAAGUGAAGAUUCUGGCCGAAAUGAAUGAAAUCACAAUACAUUUUCUGCUCACAGGUGCUUGUGGGGGUAAGAUUCAUCCAGCUUUCCGCAAACUUGCCGAGUUCACUUCGGGACAGGUCGUGCUGUUGAAAAGCGCAAAAGAACUAGAAAAACUUGAAAACGUGACAAGAGGUGCCUUAGACGGUACCACUAUCAUCAGCUUCAGAUCCAGCAAGACAGGCAGGAAAGAGAGGACUUCUGGUGGGCUGUAUCGGUAUAGGUUCCCCGUGGAUGAUUCCAUCGAGACUGUGACGGUAUCAGUUGUAACAAAUCAGCCGGACACAAACGGCCACGGCGUUACCUUGAGAAAUCCCUUUGGGACCAUCAUUACAGCAGAGAAGGUUAGCCUUUCUCAGCUUUGCUUCUACCAAAUCACAAGUCCCCCCAAAGGUUAUUGGACUUUAGAGAUAUCAACAACUGGCAAGACUGUAGAUCACGAAUUUUACGUCAAAUCAACCAGCGAGACAAACAUCGACUUUAAGCACUAUUUCAUGGUUCCAGUGGGACGUCGUCGAAGGAAAACAGAAGUGCCUUUUUCGAACCCAAUCGCAAGAAAGUUAAACAAGAUGGUGCUGACAUUACUGGCUCCAAACGAUAAAGUCGACCCCACCUCCCUCCGGCUACAGAUUGUCACCACAUCUGGUUCCGUUGUUCGCAAUUUGAACUUUGUGUCGAAUGAUAGCGUUCACUUUGAAGUGAAUUUUAUCCCACCAACCACGUCCUUUAAACUGAAACUCCUCGGUACUACUCGGGAAGGAAGUGCAUUUGAAAGACUGUCUCAUUGUUCCAUCCAACAAAGUACAGCAUUUCUUAGAGGACGAUACGCAAGUAAUGAUUUCACCCUGCCGUUGAACAGCCUUACUAUAAUCCAGUUUGAAGUCUGCAACUUUGGCCCCAGUGAACGUUUUGAAGUCGUGGUUCGGAAGGACAGGAUGAAUUACGUUUUGCAGCGUAGUGCUGGCUCCCAGCGGCCAACACUGGUCGGCAGAGACCGUUGCGUGGCUUUGUUCCUUCGAGCCAGGGCCACGCGCGUCGCAGAUGUGCACAAAACCAACACAGUGAUUUUGAUUGUGAAAGGGCAGACCUCUGGUAUUGUCCUGUCACGUUUAAUGAGGCUUUUUGUCGUCAAUCCAAAGAGGCCGUGAUGAGAGGGAUGUCUCCGUCCACCAUUAGAUACUUUGAUUAUCUAAUUAGGAAUUGAUCGAGAAAUACGUUGCGCUAAAUCUAGUUUAUAACCUUACCUCCUUAUCAAUAGUUCUCCGAUCUGUUCUCUAUCGACCCUACGUAGAUGCCAGAAUGACAAUCUAGACAUAAACGGCUUUUUGUCAAAGGAAGACAAGGUUGGUAGUUUUUGUGUAAAAAUAGCUACGUAAUUGAUCAUAACUAAGAAAAGAUAAGAAAUAAAGGAAAGAAAAAGUUAAAAAAA